GGAUGCUGCCCACACAAUUUAAUCAGGGAGGUGGGCGGUAAAGAUUGCUGCUGUGUGGAGGGGCUCAGAUGAGCUGUGAUUUCUGGAGAGCUGCCUCUUCUUCUUCUUUUCUUUUUCUUCUUCUUCAUCAUCAUCUUCUUCAUUCCCCCCUUUCGCCAGUUGCCACGGCUACGCACUCUCCACCAUCUGACUGGCCGAAGGGACUAGUGGCCGGGAGAGAGAGAGAGAGAGAGAGAGAGAGAGAGAGACGGUGGGGGAAGACAGAGAGAGCGAGAGACAGAGAGACGAGCUCCCCGAAGAGUAAGCCCGACUCGUUGGGUGCAUCAGCGCUUCACUCACUUGUGACUUGAAUUUUAAUCGCGUUGCAGGUCGCCUCUUUUUGGCCACUGUCAUCUGCGCUGCGCUCGACAAGAAAUAAAGGAAGAGGCAGAGCAGACCAACAUAUAUAAGGAGCCUUCUAUGCGUGCUGCAGUGACACAGGUGUGCACCAUGACAGAGCUGCCCACCCAGACGACAACAAAGGAGGAGCAGGACACGAGGCCGCCGCCGCCACCGCCACCAUCACCCCCCACCUCGCAGACCCAUCUUUGGGACAAACUGAGGCAGAUCGUGUUGACGGUGGGCUGCAGCAUCUGCUUUUGCCUUAUUUCUCAAAUUCUGGGCGUCUGGGCACUGUACAUAUGCAACGGUUACGGAGCGUUUUCAGCGGCACAUAAAGUUCUGGAUCUCUUGCAGUACCUCUUAUCACCAAUAGAGGAACACAAUUCUGCGCAAGAUGAGAGGUCUCCCACGUUGCAGAAGGAACUUUGGAAGCUGGAGAGCUUGUGUCCUUUGAUGGCGACAGUAUUUCUGGGAAUUGUCAUUUUGGGAAUUGGGAUCCUGCAUUGCCUCAAAGUCUUUGCCCCCAGCCCACCUUUCACUUUCCCCGAUGACAGACGCCAGUCGAUGAGCCGCCAGCCGUCAUUCACUUACUCUGAAUGGACCGAUGCCAAACAGGAGGACUUCUUCGACUUGGAUCCUGUGCCGGAAACCCCCGUGUUCGACUGCUUCAUGGACAUAAAGCCCGAGUCUGAUCCAGCGACUCUAACAGUCAAGCCAGUGGGGCUACAGGAAAGGAGAGGCUCCAACGUCUCCCUCACCCUGGACAUGUGUACGCCAGGCUCAACGGAGCCCUAUGGGUCGGUGCUGUCCCCUCGAGAGCAGUCAGCCAGAGAGUACCUGCAGAAGGCUUCUAAUGUCCUCACCGCCAUGGAGCUACACGAGAGAGCCAUGGACUCAUUCACUCUGCAGGCUGAGUUUUUUGAAACUCCAAUGAACUUUGUGGACCCAAAGGAAUACAACAUCCCUGGAGUGGUGAGGAAGAACCGCUAUAAAACUAUCCUCCCAAAUACCCACAGCAGAGUGUGCCUUAAAUCCACAGAAGAAGAUGAUUUCCUCAGCACAUACAUCAACGCCAACUACAUACGGGGCUACGGUGGAGAGGAAAAGGUGUACAUAGCUACUCAGGGACCAACGGUCAACACUGUCAGCGACUUCUGGAGGAUGGUGUGGCAGGAGCAGUCACCGAUUAUCGUCAUGAUCACGAACAUUGAGGAAAAAAAUGAGAAAUGCACAGAGUACUGGCCAGAAGACAGUGUGACCUACGAGGGGAUUGAGAUAACCAUCCAGCAGGUCAUCGAAGCUGACGACUACAGCCUCAGGCUGAUCACCCUGAAGUGCAAUGGAGAGAAGAGGAGUCUGCGGCACUACUGGUACAUUUCUUGGCCAGAUCAGAAGACCCCAGACAAAGCUCCGCCCCUCCUGGAGCUGGUACAGGAAGUCGAAGAGGCGUGCCAACGGACAGAGGGCCACGGUCCUGUCAUUGUUCACUGCAGUGCAGGAAUUGGACGGACUGGCUGCUUCAUUGCCACCUCAAUUUGCUGUAAGCAGCUCAAGAACGAAGGUGUCGUGGAUAUCCUAAAGACAACCUGCCAGCUGCGCUUGGACCGAGGAGGGAUGAUCCAGACCUGCGAACAAUACCAGUUUGUCCACCACGUCCUCAGCCUGUAUGAAAAGCAGCUGUCUUGCCAAGUAGAGGAAUAAGAAGCAGCAGGGCAGCCGCCUUCUUCUACAGCCAAAGGGAUUUCUGGGAAAAGGACUCAAACGCAGCUGGCUUCUUGGUGAACGGGAGUCAUCGACAGAGACUUGACCGGGGGUGUGGGUCCCAAAGCUUCUCAUCGUCUUCGUUUUACACUCUCAUGACAAGUGAGGUGGACAGCAAGAGGGUCACCAGAUGGCUUUCUCUAAGAGACGAGAGUCCUCCAUCACGCUAGAUGACACAGAUGAGAAUCGAUGCUGUCUUUUUCUAUUUCUUUUUCUUUUUGUUUCACACUCCCUUCUGAUUUAAUUGAAAAAAAAUAAAUCCGCUUUAUCAAAAUGAGGUGUAGACAAGGAACAGUGACAGAGAUAAAGACCUGCUUUGGAGGUGCACAAAUGAUGCCCCCCCAGUCAAGGCAAAAAAACAACCAAACUUUAAGAAGAACAACAGAUUCAUAAAUAAAUAAAUAAAUAAAAGAUCCUUUUUUUUUUUGUUGGUGGAGGAUUUCAUUCGAGACCCUCCUGCCCUCCGGACUCCAAGAAGACCGCACUGCAUGGAUGUGAUUAUGCGAGCAAAGGCGGUCCGUGACAGGAAGGUGACGGUCGGGUCGAGGAGGACACUUGCUGUCAUUUUGAGAAUUUCUUUAAAGCUGCGUCAUCUGCAUUUCCGCCUGAACUCGGUCGACUUGCACACAAUGGCCUUACUCUGUGUUUGUCUGUCUGCUUCCCUCAUGCUGCACACUCCAGAGGCUUUGCAGCUCCGGGCAGGCCAUGCUGCCAAUUUGUAACAUCCAAGAAAGUAAAAAAAAAAAAUAUGUAGAAAAAGCAACAAAUGUUGUUUUAUGUAGCGCCUUUCAUUGUGAAUGCCAUCCCAAACGUAUUAUCAGUGGGCUACCUGGCUCACUCAGGGGUCCCCCAAUGCCAGCCCCAACCCCAACCAAUCCUGUUGCAAUUUGUGGCCACUGAUUGGACUGCAGACUUUAUUGACAUAACUAGUUUCACCCAAUCAGAUUCCGUCUUUUUUGGGGAUGCAACAAAAAAAGAAAAAAACACAAGGAACUCAACUUUGUGAAGAUUCUCCGAUCGUACUGACACCAGUUCUGAUUUUCGGAUUCAGACUUGGAUGUAAACAUCAGACAACACAAGGAAUACAACUUUCUGGAUCUUCAUUCCAAAACAGAACUAAUUCUAAAAGGUGCAAAGGUGCAGACUGCAUGGACAAAGCCAGUCUCACCAGAUCGGGGGUCCAAUUUGUGUGUCUAAACCACACACGUGGAACACACACAACCUUGGAGACUUCCAUUCCAGAGCGACGAUGAUUCGGAGAAUGCGGGCUGAUUGGUUGCGACAACACAAACCUGCGUCACCUGACUUAUUAUUUUUUGGACACACCCAGCACUGAUGGGACUUUCCAGCUGUGUACACAUCAAAAAAAUAAAAAAGUACAUGGAAUACAACUAUGGGAACCCUGGUUCCGGAAGAAUAGCAAUUCUGACAAUGUCAAUGCCGCCGGGUUCAUGUGACUCAUUUUCUCGUUUCUCUUUAACGUAUCCAAAUGUUUCUCUUUACUGUGUAAAUGGCAAAAAAAAA